AUGCAGCCUUUCGGAGGAAUGCCUCCCGGUCUGAUGGGCAUGAGACCCCUAGCGCCUGCUGCGGCGAUGAUGGCAGCUGCGCAGGCUUACGGCAUGCCCCCGUAUCAGCUGCCAGGCAUGACGCCAAUUGGAACGCCUAUGGGAACCUCCAUGGCUUAUGGAAUGCCGCCAGCCAUGAUGCCCCCGCAGCGUCCAGCCAUGCCGUCUGUACAGCAGCCGCAGCAGCAACAGCAACAGCAGCAGCAGCGGUCGAGCACUCUAUACAUUGGGAAUAUUACGAAGCAUGCAGACAACGAUUUCAUGAGGAAUCUUCUCGCGGAAUUCGGGCGCGUGCUGCGAUGGAACAGGCAGAGCGAUCCGGUGUCUGGACAGCUGGCGGCUUUUGGUUUCUGCGAGUUUGCAGAUCCUCUCGGAGCAGCCAAGUGCAUUGCGUGCCUUGCUGGCCUCAAGCUGCAAGGCAGAGCGCUUGUUGUAAACUGCAACGAUAAGGUCCGUGGAGAGAUCGCAAAAGUCACGGAAGAACGGAUUCAGGCAACCAUGCGAGCU